GCUGCUUUUUCAGGACCUCAUUUCGAUUUCUAGGGUUCCGAUCUUCCUUUCCCUUCCUCCCAACAAUGGGAUCGGUAGCUAUUCCUGAUCCCGGCGAAAUGUUACAGACGAGUUUCGAAGACUUCCAAAGGCAGACGUCCUUGAUGACGAGCUGUACUCUUUUAUGGAAGGAGCUUUCUGAUCAUUUCUCUUCGUUAGAGCAAGAUCUCCAGAAGAAAUCUGAAGCCUUGAAGGUGAAAAUAAAAAACCUAGACCAUAAAACCAAGGAAUCCCUGGAUGUCCUGAAGAAGCGUGAGGUUUCUAUCGAUGUAAAUGUGGAACAGGCACUGGUUGAAGUUGAAGAACGCAAGGAGGCAGCACUGAAGGCGUUUCAGAGAACGGGUGGAGAAGAAUUUGAGGAUAGUGAAGAAGGUAUGCUGUUAAGGCUGAGAUCUUUUUGUUUGAAGAUGGAUUCUGAAGGUCUUUGGAAGUUUGUGACUGCAAAGAAGAAAGAUUUGGACAAGCUUCGUGCUCAGAUUCCUUUGGUUUUGUCUGAUUGCAUUGAUCCACCGAAGUUUGUUAUGGAGGCGAUUGCCGAAGUUUUCCCAGUUGACAGGCGUGUUGAGAAGAGUGAGCAGUCGAAUGAUUUGGGUUGGGCUUGUGUCUUGCUCCUGGAAUCUCUCAUUCCUGUUGUGGCGGACCCUAUUCUUGGGAAUUCGCGGCCCCUUUUGCCGCCGAGAGUGAAGGAACGGGCAAAGGAUAUUGCGGAGGCUUGGAAGGAGAGUUUGGAUCAGCGUGGGGGAAUUGAGAAUGUGAAGACGCCGGACGUACACACUUUUCUGCAGCACUUGGUAACAUUUGCGGUUGCCUCUAAAGAGGAUGCUGAUUUGUAUCGGAAGCUCGUGAUUGGUUCCGCCUGGCGGAAGCAGAUGCCUAAGCUCGCUGUUUCACUUGGACUGGGAGAUAAAAUGGAUGAGAUGAUUAAAGAAUUAAUCAACAAGGGACAGCAAGUUGAUGCAGUUCAUUUUACUUAUGAAGUUGGCCUUAUGGACAAGUUCCCUCCUGUUCCCCUGCUGAAAGCUUAUCUGAAAGAUUCAAGGAAAGCUGCAAAUUCUAUUAUGGAGGAUCGUAACAAAUCUGGCCGAGUAGCUCUAGCUGGACGCAAGGAACAAUCAGCGCUUCGAGCUGUCAUCAAAUGCAUCGAGGAGUACAAGCUUGAGGCUGAGUUCCCUUCGGAAGGCCUCAGGAAGCGUCUUGAACAACUUGAAAAGGCCAAGGCUGAGAAGAAAAAGCCAGCUGCAGUCCCUGCCAACAAGCGAACUCGUGCAAGCAAUGGAGGACCCAUGCCUCCUGCCAAGGCUGGUCGUUUGACAAAUGCUUAUGUAUCCUCUUUCCAUACACCUGCAGGCCCUACAUUCAUCAGAUCCCCAUCCCAUGCCCAAUACCCUGCUGGGGUCCCAGCUUACUCAUACGAUCGGCCAGCACCACCUGCCUUAUAUGGUAGCAGGAGCCCACCAGCUGUUAGGGAUCCUUAUGCUUACUCACCAGAAGAAGCAGCCCCUCCUGUCAUCACUGGGCCUUAUCCAGGAGCCCCAUUGAAUUAUCCAGCAUAUGGAGGUUAUGGCAAUGGUUUGGCAUCAGGAUAUCAGCAGGCAUACUACCGAUAAGGACUUGACGUCAAGAGCAUGCAAGAAACCGGAAGAUAGCAACACUGAUGAUGACCCUAAUCUCAUGUCCUUUCAAUGGCCUGUCUGUAAUUGCUAAGACGCUAACCACUUAUUGUAGCCUUCCUUCCCUGCGUGUUAUAUGAUGAUGGUUCUACUUAUUGCUCCAGGUGAUUUUGUGUUUCUAGUCUUGGUUAAUCUGGUUUCAGUAGGAUGAGUUGUGUUCCUGGUCUUCAUAAAACUUUGUAGUAGGUGAUUGUGAAUGUGACCUGGAUGACUGUUUAGUUCAGUUAACUGAGUAAACCCAGGAACCAACCACAUGUAAAUAUAUAUAUAUAUAUAUAUAUAAAAUUAGUGUCUAAUUAUGCUGGA